CCCGGCGCGGGGCAGCAGGCGCCCGGAGGAGCCCCGGGGAGCCCGUCGCUGUCACCCGAGCUACCCUGCUCCUCCCACCGAGGACGCGCUCGGGAAGCCUGCGGCGGCCGGGACAAUUCACUACCUCUGCAAAGGGCUCCGAGGAGGGUAGCGGCGGAGCUCGCCAUCCCCACAGCGCAGUAACGCUCGCAGCCGCCUCUCCUUCAGGCCUGGGGCCGCCUCCUGCCACGGCAGCUCGGAGCGCGGGCACGGCGAGGCACCGAGUCUCUCCGGCGGGGCCGAAGCGGAGCGUGGCCUCGGAGAGCGGCGGGAAUAGCCCCGUGGGAACGGGGAGGAAGAAGAGGGUGGCCCGCCUGUCUCUGUCCCGAUCCGCCUGUCUCUAUCGCGGGGCCGGCCCCGGCCCGCCUGUCCCGACGCUCCGCACCUGUCACCUCAGUCACCGCCUUCGCGGGAGCGGCGCGCUUACGCCUCCGAUUGGCUGCAGCUGGAUUGAAAAUCACCUGGAGGAGAAACUCAUCUUUCACACGUGAAGCUGCUCACUUCAGAGUUAAAUGAGCUGUCUGCCUUGAAUGAACUUAUUUCUGAAUCUUUGUGACUUUGUUUAGCCUGCUAAAUACAGACCAUGCCUAGCAGAAUGGGCUCAAAAAUCGAUUUGAACAAAGACUUCAUCAGAGUAAAGACACACUAUAGUGGGGACAUCCUGAUCACAAACAUGGAUGCAUCAAUAAGCUACGAUGAGCUUUGUGAUGAAGUGCAUGAGAUGUGUAACUUACAACAGGAGCAGCCCAUUACCCUCAAGUGGAUUGAUGAUGAAGGUGACCCCUGUACCAUCUCAUCUCAGAUGGAGCUGGAGGAAGCCUUCCGUUUGUACUGUCAAAACAGAGAUGAAGGGCUGAUUAUUCAUGUGUUCCCAAGUACCCCAGAGAGACCUGGUAUGCCUUGUCCAGGAGAAGACAAAUCAAUCUACCGCCGUGGAGCCAGAAGAUGGAGGAAGCUGUACCGAGUGAAUGGGCAUUUGUUUCAAGCCAAACGUUUUAACAGAAGAGCGUAUUGUGGCCAGUGCAGUGAAAGGAUAUGGGGUCUCGGAAGGCAAGGCUACAAGUGUAUCAACUGCAAGCUGUUGGUCCAUAAACGUUGUCAUAUCCUUGUUCCACUGACCUGCAAGAGGCAUAUGGAUUCGGUCAUGCCUUCCCAGGAACCUCAGUUAGAUGAUAAAAAUGAUGAAGUUGACCUCCCUUCAGAAGAAACUGAUGGAAUUUCCUACAUUCCUUCAAACCGGAAGCACGACACCAUUAAAGAUGACUCUGAGGAUAUCAAACCAGUCAUUGAUGGAAUGGAUGGAAUUAAGAUUUCUCAGGGGCUUGGACUACAGGACUUUGAUUUGAUCAGAGUUAUUGGACGUGGAAGUUAUGCCAAAGUUCUUUUAGUUCGGUUAAAAAAGAAUGACCAAAUCUAUGCUAUGAAAGUGGUGAAGAAAGAAUUGGUCCAUGAUGAUGAGGAUAUUGAUUGGGUACAGACAGAGAAACACGUGUUUGAACAAGCAUCCAGUAACCCGUUCCUAGUUGGUUUACAUUCGUGCUUUCAAACAACAAGUCGAUUGUUUCUUGUCAUAGAGUAUGUCAAUGGGGGAGACCUCAUGUUUCAUAUGCAACGGCAAAGGAAACUUCCAGAAGAACAUGCAAGGUUUUAUGCUGCUGAAAUUUGUAUUGCUCUCAACUUCCUUCAUGAAAGAGGCAUCAUCUACAGAGAUUUAAAACUAGACAAUGUUCUCUUAGAUGCAGAGGGUCACAUCAAGUUAACAGAUUAUGGCAUGUGUAAGGAAGGUUUGGGCCCUGGUGACACUACAAGCACUUUCUGUGGGACGCCAAAUUAUAUUGCACCAGAGAUCCUCAGGGGGGAAGAAUAUGGGUUCAGUGUGGACUGGUGGGCUCUCGGGGUGCUGAUGUUUGAGAUGAUGGCAGGAAGGUCUCCAUUUGAUAUUAUUACUGACAAUCCAGACAUGAACACUGAAGAUUACCUCUUCCAAGUUAUUCUGGAGAAGCCAAUCCGGAUCCCAAGGUUUCUUUCUGUCAAGGCUUCCCAUGUGUUGAAAGGAUUUUUAAACAAGGACCCCAAAGAAAGGCUUGGUUGUCAGCCACAGACAGGAUUCUCUGAUAUCAAGUCUCACACGUUUUUCCGCAGCAUAGACUGGGACCUGCUGGAAAAGAAGCAAGCCAGCCCUCCAUUUCAGCCUCAGAUCACAGACGACUAUGGCUUGGAUAACUUCGAUACACAGUUCACCAGUGAACCUGUGCAGCUGACCCCAGAUGAUGAGGAUAUAAUCAAGCGAAUAGAUCAGUCAGAGUUCGAAGGAUUUGAAUAUAUUAAUCCAUUGUUGCUGUCAACAGAAGAAACAGUAUGAAGGAGUGACAUCUUCCUUGGGGACAGUGUGAAUGACCUUUAAAUUUAUCCUUACCUACAGUAUAUGCAUGCCAGGCUGGGGACUGUAAGAUUUUGGAUGGAGACCAAUGAUUAAAAAAACAAACAAACAAACAAAAACAAAUUGCUGCUGAAAAUCAAAGAAGAGGAUAAGGAUUUUGGUGGGUGUCUUCUGCCACUUAGUGAUUCUUAACUUCUGGGCACUGACACAACUGGCUUCAGUAAUGAAGGAUUUUGCAUUCUGUGCCUGUUUCAUGAAGGAUUAAAAUUGCCCAUUGCAUCCCCUGCAAAAGGAGAGCCUGCAAACCUCUGGAGCUCCACACUCCUUCGCCAGACAUUGGAUGCAAUGAGCUCCCCAUUGGAGAAUAUUUCAGUGUAACAUCCUGAAGAAUAAAAUGUAUUACGGUGGUGGUGAAGCUUACUUUUGAUGCCUUUUUUCACGAGUGGUACCUGUCUAAACGUCUCAGAUGUAUUUAACAGGAGUUGUGUUUUAUUAGCAAUCAAAACAUAGAUUUGGGUACAAGAUUUAAGUGCCUAAAUGGAUAAACUGCAUUGAAGAAUUUAUUGCAUAUUUGGAACGCUCUUAAAGCUGGUAAGUUCUGCUUGUUAAUAUUAAGUAACCAUUUACCCAUGAAACAUCCAGUUCCCAGCUGCAGCCUACUGUUCAUUUGCAUCUUGAUAGACUUUGAAAUGCAGAGUGACUCAGCAAUAUUAAUUCUGAACUAGAAUUUACAGGAUGGGUUUCAGAAGCUCGUAACGCUCCAAAUUUACCAAAAUGUGUAGAUUGAAGAAGAAAAACAAAACCAACCAACCUAAAUUUGCACACCAAGGAUUUCUGAGGAUACUGAAGCAGUGCCUACACCUACAGUGAUGUUGUGUUGUAAUUAGUUUUUUGAGAAGUAUUUUUAUCAACAGUGCAAAUAUUCAGAAAUAGAGCAAAAGCAUAACCAAGCAGAGCCUUAAAGUUUAAAUAGUCAGUCUAGAAUAACCAUCAUAGCAGCUCCACUGUCCUGAUAAAGCACACCUCCUACUUCUGAUAAACUGUCUGCUUACAGUUGCUCAGUCUGUAUUACUAAUUCUACUCAAGAGAAUGGGAUGUUUGGGUGAAAUGAUUUCCACCCAAGUAGUAAAUCUUGUAGUGGAGGAAAAAUGAAUACCGCCGAAAUCGGCUAAAGCAAAAGAUAAUGACCAAAUCCCUUCUCGUGGAAGCUGGGAUGGGAGGGUGUUAGGGGCAGGCAAAGGGUAUAGUACAGCAAAAAGGUCAGUUUUCAGCUUGGACAAGCUCACCUUGCUACAUUAGAGGAUUAGUAAGAGCACAUUGCUAUCUGCAAUGUCAGAUGCUGUCGAGAUCUCCCUGCCUGGCAGAGGCAGUGUUUCUUUGUGCUAGAUUUUGGGUUAACUACAUCAUGUAGGCUGUAGAGAUACUGGGGGAAAUUACCUAGUAAAGAGGAAAAAAAGAGAAACCCUGUGCCAUGACAUCUCACCUGAUUUGGUGUAACUGCAGGAGAAAUUGCAACACUUUGACUUUCUUUACAUUAACAUAUGGUUUUCUCAGGGUACAGCAUUGCAUUAGGUGCUGAACAUCUUUCGGAUUCACAUCCAAGUCAUGAGGUGCUAGGACCAGACUGCCAAAACAUUGUUUAAAACCUUCAAGUAAUCACUGAUUAACAAUCCACAUUUUGUAUCCCCUCGUUAGCCACAAUUAGGCAGAGCUGUGGUGGUUUAGUUGUUUUAAUCCCAUGCAGAUUUAUGUUGUGGGUUUCUCUCUGUUGGACUGUAGCUUUUCAUACGAAGCAAAAUGUGUUUUAAUCAGCACUCAAUAAUUUAAGCAGUAAGAAGUACUUGCCUCAAAUGCCUGGACUUUAGAUACUUUAUUAUCUACUAAAAGAAACCUUUAUCUUUUAAAUGUAAUCUGACUUUUUUUUUUAAUAGCUCCUUUUCCCCCCUUCUCCCUGGCAAAUGCUUUAUUUACCCAGAGUAAUU